CUUAACUAACUAGGGUGAGAUAAAACAGGUUUCAUUCCAAGUAGCCGAUGCUUUGAAUCAACCAUUUCUGGAUGGGCAAUUUGAUUUGGUUUGGUCCAUGGAGAGCGGAGAACACAUGCCAGACAAAACAAAGUUUGUCAAUGAACUGGCUCGAGUGGCUGCUCCUGGUGGGACGAUAAUUAUAGUUACAUGGUGUCAUAGGGAUCUCUCUCCUUCUGAAGAAUCGUUGCGUCCAGAGGAAAAAGAGCUGUUAAACAAGAUAUGUAAUGCUUUUUACCUUCCGGCAUGGUGUUCUACUGCUGAUUAUGUAAAAUUACUUGAAUCCCUCUCUCUUCAGGAUAUUAAAGCUGCAGACUGGUCUGAAUAUGUUGCCCCAUUUUGGCCAGCAGUUAUAAAGUCAGCAUUGACAUGGAAGGGAAUCACCUCAUUGUUAAGAAGUGGAUGGAAGACAAUAAAAGGAGCACUGGCCAUGCCAUUGAUGAUCGAAGGAUACAAGAAGGGACUUAUCAAGUUCGCUAUCAUUACAUCUCGAAAGCCCGAGUCAUGAGAUUGAUAUCAAGUUUCCCAAAAAUUUCUUCUUUUUCUCGAGAAAAUAAUCUGAAUUGUCUAAUCCUGAUUGUGGAUUUCCUUAAAUAUUAAACAAGUUUCUGUAAUUGAAUGUUGAAUAAUCCUUUUAAAAUAUAGCGGCAGGUAAUUACCCUCUCGUUUAUAAUUGCA